AUGAACUAUGUAUUAUCUGUAUCUACACCAUCUGGGGGUUCUCUGUUAUAUGCAUAUGUGUAUCCUGCAUGUGACAUUAUGAUUGGCGAUGUGCUAUUAUAUGUUGACUUAAUGCCUGUGACUAUUGAUCUUGUUGAUUUCAUAUUGAGUAUGGAUUGGUUGACGAAAUAUUGCGUUACCAUCGAUUGUGUAAUUGCCUACGCUUCUCAACAACUCCAACCUCACGAGAAGAAUUAUCCAACCCAUGAUCUUGAGCUUGCAGCUGUGGUGUUUACACUAAAAAUUUGGCGCCAUUAUCUGUAUGGAACUACUUAUGAGGUGUAUACUGAUCAUAAAAGCUUGAAAUACUUUUUCACUCAUAAGGAAUUGAACUUGAGACAAAGAAGACGGCUUAAACUAAUCAAAGAUUAUGACUUGAAAAUUUUGUAUCAUCCGGGAAUGGUAAAUACCGUUGCAGAUGCUUUGAGCAGAAAAUCCAUUGGGAAUUUGGCAUGUUUGCUCACCGGUCAAAAGGAAUUAUUGUGUGAUCUGGAAAGAAAUAAAAUUGAGAUUGUUUUGCAUGAACAGGGUGGAGUCUUAGCUUCUAUUUUUGCACAGCCAACUAUAAUUGAAGAAGGUAAAGAAAAACAACUAAAAGAUGAAUUUUUGAAAAAGAUUGUUGAUUCCAAACCAAGACUGGGAUUUGUGUUGGAAAGUAAUGUAUUGAAAUUUCAGGGUAGGCUUUGUGUACCGGAUUGUUCAGAAUUGAGAAAGCUUUUCAUGACCGAGGCACACAAUUCUAAAUUUGCUAUGCAUCCAAGGAAUACAAACAUGUACAAAGAUUGGUGGCCAAGAAUGAAAAAAUGUAUUGCUGACUUUGUAGCCAAGUGUUUGCAUGGUCAACAAGUGAAAGCAGAACAUCAAUGA